CAUCCAUAUCAUUCGAGUGCCACACUUCGAGACGCACACCAACCACCAAUCAGGACCCCAUCAGGACAACAGCCAACCAACCAAUCAACCAACCAAAACUCCAAGCAACAUGAAGCUGUUCAUUGUGCUCUGCGCUCUGGUUGCCAGCGCCACCGCCGGCCUCAUCCGUACCUCAUCCGCUGGCUGGGGCUCCAAUCCUUGGGGCGGCAGCAGCAGCAGUGGCUGGAACAGCGGCAGCAGUGGAUGGAACAACGGCUGGUCCUCCCAGCCACAGAUCAUAAAAGUAAUCAAGAUCGGUGGUGGCGGAGGCGGAGGCGGUGGAGGCUGGGGCAACAGCAACAAUGGAGCCUGGGGCGGCAGCAGCAGCAGCGGAGGCUGGGGCAACUCUGGCGGAGGCUGGGGCAACUCUGGAGGCUGGGGCGGCAGCAGCGGCUGGGGUUCCGGCUCCAACAGCGGCUGGGGUUCCGGCUCCAACAGCGGCUGGUGCUAUGGCUCAGCGAUUUACAAGUGGUUCGACAACGAUAUUGCGUCGGUGGUGGUGUGGUGGUUGUCGUGGUUGCCGGUGGCGUAUACGCGAUUUUCCUAUGCUCGAACGUUGCGUAUGCGCUUUGUGGGCCGUUCCAACAGCAGUCAGUCAGCCAGCCAGUCAGUGGUUAAUCAACCCCAUCCGAUCCGAUCCGAUUCGAUUCGAAUUCCAACCCAAAUCCAAGGACUUCCCCAGCACAUCAAGAUGCGUAACGCUCUACUCGGUCUCUUCGUUUGCGGCCUGCUCUUCGCUUUUGCCUCGGCUGGAUUGCUGGGCGGCGGUGGCGGAGGUGGCCAAGGAGGCUGGCAAAAGAAUGGUGGAGGUGGAGGUGGAGGCUAUGGCGGCGGCGGUGGCCAAGGAGGCUGGCAAAAUGGCGGCGGUGGCGGAGGACAAGGCGGCUGGCAAAAUGGCGGCGGCGGCGGCGGCGGUGGACAGGGCGGCUGGCAAAAGAACGGUGGAGGAGGAGGACAAGGAGGCCAUGGCGGUGGCGGCCAAGGAGGCUGGCAAAAUGGCGGCGGCGGCGGCGGCGGCGGUAGAGGUGGACAAGGCGGCUGGCAAAAUGGCGGCGGCGGCGGCGGCCAGGGUGGAUAUGGAGGCGGCGGCGGAGGCAAGUCCUUGGCCGGCAAUCGCGGAAGUUCAGUCUCCUGGCAGGGCGGAAAUGGUGGAGGCGGCGGCGGCGGUGGCAAGCACGGCGGUGGUGGCUGGUAAGCCACUCCAACCCCAAACCCCCACACAAAAUACUCCCUCAGUUGAUGCUGAUAUGUGUUCCAUGGCAUAGAGAUAGAGACACCAUAAUCCUUCUAAUUUUUGUUGAUCCAAAGUUUCUGCGCCAACUGUUUCUACUAUUUCAAUUUUUUUUUACUAAUAAACAACUUUAUGCAUUUUA